AUGGGAGCAACGUACACAGUUCUCAACUCCCUAUCCCUGGGCCAGACCUACACCGAGAGCACCGUGCUCAGCUCCAGUCUCCCUAUCCCUGGGAAAAUCCACAUCACCAAGGCCACUCUACAGUUCCUGAAUGAUGAUUACGAUGUGGAACCCGGUUAUGGAGGGGUGAGGAAUGCCUACCUCAGGGAGAACCGUAUCGAGACAUUCCUGAUCAUUGGUUGCAACCAAAAACAGAGGGAAGGCAAGGCCACGUUGGCCAAACUGCAGCGAGCACAGGCUCUCCCCACCUCCAUCCCAGGCUCCUCAUGGGAGUCCAACAGACAUGUAAAUCUCCACAUGCUCCACCACCCUUCCAAGGACCUGCACGUACCGGGAAUCAUGGAUUACAUCGGAAAAGAAAAGGAUGUCCAGGAGAACAGGAACCCCGAGGAGGAAGUGGACGAGUUCCUGGGCCAUGCUAUCGACGCCCGGACCAUUGACCGCCUGCGUUCCAAGCAUGUCCGCAGGGUGCUGCUCACCUUCCACGACCCCCAGCUAGAAAACAAGUACUCCAAAGAGGUGGACAACGGGUUUGCUGGUUACGUAGCCUGUGCCCUGCUGAUCUUUGCCUUCAUCUGCUCUGUGCAGAUAGUGAUCAUCCCACAUUCCUCCCUGAUGCUGGGCUCUUUCCUCUGCUGCUCCCUGGUGCUGUUCGGCAUCCUGUACAUCUGCACCGUCUACUCUUGUCACAGUCUCUUUGUGCUGCCGCUCCAGCGCCUUUCCAAGAAGAUCGUGCAGUCACGGGUCAACAGCACCGCGGUCGGCGUCCUCAGCGUCGCCCUGCUCUUCCUGGCUGCCUUCAUCAACAUGUUCUCCUGCAGCUCGGAGGAUCUUCGUGAGUGUGUGGCUCGGAUUCACAACGUGUCCCCGCAGAUGGUCAACGCCUGUUCCCUCCGCACCCUUAACAUCACCCUGGGGGAUGAGAAGAAUCUGUGUGGGGGAAGCUCCCCCGUCUGCAGCUUUCCUGAGUACUUCACCUACAGCAUUAUUCUCUCCCUGCUGGGAUGUGCUGCCUUCCUCCAGAUCAGCAGCAUUGGGAAGCUGGUCAUCAUGGCAGUCAUCGAGGGCAUCUACAUGGUCAUUGCCGAGGGACCCAAAGUCAACCUCUUCAACAACUUCGACCUCCUGGUCAUGGCCAACACCCUGACCAGCAACGACACCUCGGCCUGCGAGGAGCUGGUGUCUAAGGUGCCCCUGAAAUACGUAACCCCGAUGGUGCUGUUGGUCUCCAUGUUGGUCCUGUACCUGCAUGCACAGCAGGUGGAGUCCACGGGCCGGCUUGACUUCCUCUGGAAGCUGCAGGCCACCGAGGAGAAGGAGGAGAUGGAGGAGCUCCAGGCGUACAAUCGGCGCUUGCUGCACAACAUCCUGCCCAGGGACGUGGCCGCCCACUUCCUGGCACGCGAGCGCAUGAACGACGAGCUCUAUUACCAGUCCUGCGAGUGCGUGGCUGUCAUGUUCGCCUCCAUUAGCAACUUCUCCGAGUUCUACGUGGAGCUGGAGGCCAACAACGAGGGCGUGGAGUGUCUGCGGCUCCUGAACGAGAUCAUCGCCGACUUCGACGAGAUAAUCAGUGAGGAGCAGUUCAGGCAGCUGGAGAAGAUUAAAACCAUUGGCAGCACCUACAUGGCUGCCUCGGGACUCAACGACAACACCUACGAUAAGGUGAACAAGUCCCACAUCACAGCGCUGGCCGAUUAUGCCACUCGGCUGAUGGAGCAGAUGAAGUACAUCAACGAGCAUUCCUUCAACAACUUCCAGAUGAAGAUCGGACUGAACAUUGGCCCAGUGGUCGCGGGAGUGAUCGGGGCUCGGAAACCUCAGUACGACAUUUGGGGGAACACAGUGAACGUUGCCAGUCGUAUGGACAGUACCGGAGUCCCCAACAAGAUCCAGGUGACACGUGAUGUGUACCAGGUCCUGGCAUCCAAGGGGUACCAGCUGCAGUGCCGAGGUCUGGUCAAGGUCAAGGGCAAGGGGGAGAUGUUGACCUACUUCCUUGGACCGUGUGCCUGCCCCAGCUAA